AUGGACAGGGAUUCACUGUUAGAUAGCGAUUGCAGCAUAGACCAAAUUGCCAACGGCUCUAGCGUCGGCCGCGCCAUCGCCAGGGCGGCCGCCUUGUCGGAAGAAAAAGACGAUUCUGAAGUCUUUGAUCUAUUUGUCUCAUUUGUCAGAAUGCUUCUCAGUCUUGCUCCUAUCCUCAAUGUGUGA